UAAAAUAGUUUAAAAAGUAGAGGUUUAUUAUUCAAUAAUUAAACAUGGCUGCACGAGAAUCUGGUAGAAUAAAAGAUGCCUAUCAAAAGAGGGUGCUUGAUGAAGCUGCCCGUAAACGUAGACAAAAGAAAGCAUUGGAAGCUUUGGAGCAAGAUAAUUUUCAUGAUGAUCCACAUGCUGAUUUAGUAAUGAGCAAAAAAGUUCCAAAGUUUCAAGAGACAUUAGAUAACAGAGGGGGCAGAAGAAAGAAGACUAGAUCAGCAGAGUACUACAAGCAAAGAUUUCGCAAAACUUUUGCUCAAUUGGUAGAAGAGGAUCUUAAUGUCAAUCCAAAUCCUCCCAACUAUGUGUCUGCUCAAGCACCACCAUCUAGAUUUCCUGAGAGACAGUUUUGUGCAGUUUGUGGUUUUCCUAGUAACUAUACGUGUAUUCCUUGUGGUGCUAGAUAUUGUAGCAUGAAGUGUUUAGGUACCCAUCUUGAUACAAGAUGUUUAAAAUGGACAGCUUGA